UAAUAAGCGAGUAAACAAUGGCAAGAAAGUGUAACAUGGCUUUGAUGGUGGCCGCCGUGGUAGCGGUGGCAGCAACCUUGUUGUGUCCCCUCACAGCCCAGCCCACCGCCGCCGCACCCACGCCUUCCGCGGCGGCUUCCGGUGGAGCGCCCCAAACCUAUACGGUUGGUGAUGGUUCAGGUUGGAUUAUCCCUCCUCCUGGUGGAAACUCUCUUUACCAAACUUGGGCUGCAAACAAGACUUUCAAAGUCGGCGACUCUUUAGUCUUCAACUUUACAACUGGUCGUCACAAUGUGGCGGAGGUGACCAAGGCAUCGUUUAACUCAUGCAGCACAACCGCCGCCGCCAAUGCGACGGGCCCCGUCACGAUCCGUAUCGGAGACCCCGGCGAGCAUUACUACAUUUGCACAGUGGGUACCCACUGUUCCUUGGGACAGAAGCUGGCCAUUGUCAACGUCUCCGGGGAGGCCGCCGGACCGGCAGCCACUCCACCUCCAGCGGCAUCUUCCCCGCCGCCGCCUUCUGUUGCCGCUACACCAGUGUCGGGUCCCGACGUCGUCCCAUCUGGGCAAUCUCCGGCGGCUCAGCCUAGCACUGCCGCGCCGUCAGCGGCUCUUGCGGCCUUGCCGGCCACUUUGUUCUCGGUUGCCUUAUUAGCUCUUUUGCAUUGAAUGCAAUUUAAUUUGACAAUUCAUUUACGUUUAUGAUAGAUAUACAUUGAGAUACCCAAUAAGUCAUAUGGAGUAGUAUGUAAUUAUAUUUUCACAAUUACCUUUCUGUGAGAUUUAUAUUACUCCGUCCGUCCCGUGAAACAUUUCCCCUUUAUUUUUUUAUCCGUCCCACAAAACACUUCUCAUUUCUAUUAAAAAGUCACUUUUACC